CAUCCGCGCCUGCGCAGUCUGUACAGCUGCAGCUAAAAGCAGCCUUUACGGGUCUGCGCUAUCAUUUCAAGAUGGCGGACCUCCUCGGUUCAAUCUUAAACUCGAUGGAAAAACCUCCUACAGUCGGCGACCAGGAAAGCCGACGAAAGGCACGAGAGCAAGCAGCAAGGCUCAAGAAGAUGGAAGAAGAGGAGAAAAGAAAGAAAGCAGAGUUCAGGAAAAAGAUGGAGAAAGAGGUGUCUGAUUUCAUCCAAGACAGUUCACAACAGAAAAGAAAAUACAAUCCCAUGGGGAAGAUUGAAAGGAGUAUAUUACAUGAUGUUGCAGAGGUGGCUGGUUUGACGUCUUUUUCUUUCGGGGAGGAUGAAGAGAGCCGUUACGUCAUGCUUUUCAAGAAGGAGUUUGCUCCAUCAGAUGAGGAGCUGGAAGCCUAUCGCAAGGGAGAAGAGUGGGACCCCCAGCUGGCAGAACAGCGGCGCAGACUAAAAGAACAGGCUGCACUGGAAGAAGCAGCAUCCAGUCAGACAGAAAAGUCACAAAUAUGCCCCAACUCUAACUACAGAGACAAGUACAGUCACCUGAUUGGCACUUCAGCUGCAAAAGAUGCUGCACAUACACUUGAGGCCAACAGGGCUUAUGGAUGUGUGCCGGUGGCCAACAAGAGGGACACUCGCUCCAUAGAAGAAGCCAUGAAUGCAAUCAGAGCAAAGAAACGGCAGAAGCGCGAGGACGACACGGGGGCACACGGCAGCAGUUCUUGAGUCUCCGGCACGUUUGCCGUCUGUCUGUCUGCUGUUUGUGUGUGAGCACGUAAGUGCGUUUGUGUGUGUCUCAUUCAUCCUAUAAUGCAAUAUCCUGUACGUCAGAUGUACAAAAGUUUAAUUUAUGUAUCAACAAGCAAGUGUUUUAUCAUGCUUUGUGACCAAGACUGUGCUAAAAUUAGAAAAACUUGCUCAGUGGAGGAUCUUCAGGUGUGUUGGUGUCUGAGAGCUGGGUUGUUAAACACAUUUAACAUUUGCCUCACACUCACAUGUGAACUGUAUAGUAUAAACAUGUUGUCUGAGUGUUCAGAUGCAUAAAACCAUCGAUAACGGCAGAAUAUUUUUAGCAGAUCGAGCCACAGCUGCGCAGGAUGAACUUUAAAAAUCCAGCUUUUAGGUAGUUAGAAUUGAACUCUCCACUGACAGUGUCCAAAAUGUCCAGUGCAGUUUUAUAAAGUCGUAAUCUCAUAUUUUAACAAGGUUUUGGUUUGGUUUGUUGAAUUUUUCUUUUUAGUCUAAACCUGUGUCACAUUGUAAAGAUGGAAGCAUACCAUUUUUGUCUGUCAUAUGAGGAAACCCUCUUUUAGAAAUCAGUUUUGUUUCUUUCUGUAAACCUGCACUGACUGUGUAUUCUUUAACUCCAGUGUAAAUGUUUUAUUAAAAAGCCAUGUGAUUGCUUACAAAAGGCAUCAUAAUAGGAGUUGGAGUACCAGACUUCUUAGGAUGUUGUGCCCUCAGUUCUGUUUUCUGGUUUGUUUGUUUUUUUUUUUAAUUUCAUGUCUUUUGUUUGUUAUAAACAAGAAUUCAUGCAGGAGUUCCCGGCAUCUUAGUGUCUCUUUUAACAUGGUUGUAUCGUUUUAUCCCCACAUGUAUUAAUAAAUGGAGAAAAGUGUUAGAUCUUUGUA